UUUCCCAACACCCCCGACCAAAGGUUCCGGCCGGCGGUGACAUGGCGUUGACAGAGUCGGGGGCGAACGCGCUGCAAAACGCCAUGAAGUUGGCGAGAGCCGCGAUCCAGUUAGACACGGAGAGCAGGCAGAAGGAAGCUUAUUGCGAAUACCUGAAGAGCAUAAACUUUAUUUCACAAGCUUUAUUAGAAGAUGCCCAAUCGAAAGAUGAGAUGGAGCUGGUAACACCUGAAAUGCAAAAGAUGCUGAAAUUGGCUGAUCAGUGCUUGGAAAGAAUUAAGACCACUGCUGCCAGACUCGGUAAAAUGGAAAAUAAGCCUGCAGCAAGCCAAGACAUCAAACCUUCAUACACACCAAGUCAUCGUAGAGUUGCCUCUGAUGGAGGAGGAAAUACUACAUCAUUUUUAGCUCCUGAAGGCUUAAAAAAAAUGCAGACUGCAGAAAUGCUGAUAGCCAAAAGAGAACUUACUCCAUUGGAAGAAGCAUCGAGACAGAACCAGAAAUUAAAGGCUGCUUAUGAGGCACGGAUGGCACGGCUGCAUCCUAAGCAGGGCAUGCAGAAAACUUCACUGACAUUGUCUCUUCAGCGACAGAUGAUGGAGAAUUUGAUCAUUGCACAGGCAAGACAGGCAGCUCUGCAAAGAAAGAUGGAAGAACGAAGACUGAGACUUCAAGAAGAAGCCAACAGGAGAUUUUCAAGCAGUGCCACACUUACUCCUGAAGAAGAAGAACAGAGAAAUGUAUACACCAGCAUUUUAGAGUUUGAGCAAGACCAUGAAUGGCCCAAACAAUGGAAAAUGAAGUUAAGAUCACAACCUAAUGACCAUCUUCUGGUGGCUGGCCUUUUAUCCCAAAUAUUGAGUUGCUCAGAAUAUCCAAUCUCCCAACUCCUGAAGAAACUGCAGUGCAAGAUCUACAACAAGCUUUAUCCGAUUGUGAAUAAACAUUUUUUAGACCUGGCUAGUGUCAAUGAACUUGAUGCAGGCACCGGAUUGUAUUCAUCCCUUUCGCAGUAUUCUCUGAAGAUAGACAUGACACCUUCACUCAACAGAGGAAGCAGGUUAAAGUCUUCCAAAAGCGCUUGCUGCUUGGGAUCUGUUCAAGAUCACAAUAAAAUAAAUAAUGGUGGAUUAAGACAUAGUUCCUCUGUUAGCUCAUUUGCAUUCACUGAACAUCAAAAUGCAAAUUCAGAUGUUAGAGAUCAGAGUGGACUGGCACAAAAUAUUACAGGUCAACAAAUUAACCCACCUACGACUGUUGCGCCAAAUUCGAUGGCUGAUAAAGACAGUCCUUUUGAAGAUUUGGAACAUUAUGUGAUGAAGUUUGAGGAACAACCAGGAAACAUUACAGAUAGUCUGAUGCAGGUGACAAACACUUAUCAUCUUCAUCAAAUGGAAGAUAUUUCAUUGCAAAAUCUCCUGAAGAGUAUUGUAACAGAUGUACAUAAUUCAAUAGGUAAUGUACUCAUUCCCUUCACAAAUUUAAUUAGAUGUAAUUAUUCUGUAAUACCAGUAAAUGCUGUGAGAAGAAGACAUUUGCUGGUCAAAAUGGGGAAAGUUGCUAUGAAUUCUUGCACAAGGUAACACUAGCAUAGAUUUUUGAAUUCUCAUUGGUCCAAUGUGCAAGACUUAUAUCAGUUUCAUAAUCUACAGUUUAGUUGGAACAUGUACAUUAUGCCAAAAUGGAGAUAACAAGGUAUAGAGCUGGAUGAACACAACAUCAGAGGAGCAGGAAAGCUGACGUUUCGAGCAUAGACCCUUCUUCAGAAAUGGGGGAGAGGAAGGGGGUUCUGAAAUAAAUAGGGAGAGAGGGGGAGGCAGAUAGAAGAUGGAUAGAGGAGAAGAUAGGUGGAGAGGAGACAGACAGGUCAAAGAGGCGGGGAUGGAGCCAGUAAAGGUGAGUGUAGGUGGGGAGUUAGGGAGGGGAUAGGUCAGUCCAGGGAGGACGGACAGGUCAAGGGGGCGGGCUCAUCCCCAGUUAAAAUUAGACUCCCAUUUAUUCCUAAUUUUUCUGCCUUUCCGCUAUGUCCUGAUUUAUACUGGUCAAUUGCCCUCUACCUCAUUGUGCUCAGACCCUUCUAUCCUGUACCCAGGUUCUUACCCACCUGUCCCCUUGCCCACUACUCCUCCAUUUACUGUCAAGGCCCACUUUUACAAAUUCAAGCUUCACUUGAGAGCUGGCAGUACGUAAUCUGAUGUCGGAGAUGCUACCUUUAUAAUGGAUCAAAAAACUGAGAGCCCAUUUUCCCUCUCAGGCAAUCAUAAAGGUGUGAUUCGGAGAUGAGCAGUGGGCUUCUAUUAUCCAUCAACCAACAAAAACUUGAUCUGGUUAUUUUUCUCAUUUCUCAUUUCAAGUUUUGAGACCCUGCUGUGUAAAUUUGCCUGCUAAGCCAAUUUACCGCAACCGCUUCCCUUAAAAUCUGUUUUUAUUUUAUUCAGAGGCACUUUGUGCUAUCCUGAAGUUGUGAAAGGUGCAUAAGUAAAUAUAAUAUAGUUACUUUCUUAUCCCUUCAGUCCUUUUCUCUCUUUGUCUUUUUUUCUUAUUAAUUCCUCUUUUCCUCGUUCUUUUGUGUUAUUGAAUUUUCUGGACAUCUCUACAUCUGAUGUAGUUGCCACCUUGUUAUACUUGUAACUUUCAUUAACUGAAUUAGUCAGAAAUCACCUGCAUGCUCCCUUCUUACAAUGUGUUCUCAGGUAAUAACUAAGGUAGGUAAAAUUGCAAAUGCAAUUCCACGUGCAUUUUUCUAGGGACCUGAUAGUUUCAUGUCUUCCUGAUCUAUUCUGCUAAAGGUACUAGACAUAUUUCUUGUAAUCUAGAUGAAUGUAAGUUUGUUUCAAAUCAUGCAAGGGAGGUGAGAUUUUCAAGUUAAUGAGUCUUAUUUUUCAGUAUUAUAGGGACAUGUGUGGAGCAUUGACACAUUAGGAAGUGUGACAAUGAGAGAAUUUGAAAUGUGUUGGAUAAACUCAAUAUAAACAUAUUCUAAUCUUUGACUUUAUGUUGAAAGUUCAAAAGUCAUGUGCGGAAUUAAAACAAUAUUUAGAAAGCAAAUGUAUUUUCUUUACCUUAAAGUAAAAUUUUAUUUUAAUCAGGAGGAAUAGGGUUUAAGAAGUAAUUUCUUUUUUAAUGUGGACGUGUAAAUAAAAACCAGGUUUGAGGAUGGCAUUUCUGUCAGAUACAAAAUGAACGAAUGUUCUGAGGAAACACUCAAAGGCUAUAAAUGAAAUGAGAAACAAAACCAGCCACUAGAUGUCAGUAUGCUUUAAGGAUCAGGAUUGAAAUAAAAUUCCAAGAAAAAAUAUAGUUGAAUCGUCUGCGGGGAGGCAACCACUGUCAAUUGUCAUUCCAUUCCUACGUUUUUGCGCAGUGACCGUGUUUUGCAGUUCUGACCUAGAUUUCUAGUGUUGGCCUCUUCAGAAAUUCAGAACACCUUUUAAACCAAAGUCCUCCAUAGUCAUGGGUCAUUUGAGGAAGUCAAACUGUGUCUGCCUUUUAUGGCAUUAGCUGUGUUCUGCUAAGUAUUCAUUUACUAACACAUUGAGAAGCUUUGGGGCAUUUAAACACGUUUUCAGUGAGGUAAUGAAUGAAUGUGAAUGAGGUUAAUGGGCUUAGAUGACAGGUGAGUAGGGAGGCCGAUGCGUCAUCGAGUCAGUUUGAGAGGGGUUCUCAGAUCGGGAAUAGUAACAUCAUGUCGGGGGGAGUGAGUUGUAUGGUUGAGUCGGGUGGUGAGGUUAGGUGAGUUGGGCAAAAGUUGGGGGACCAAGAGCGAUUCAGGGGUCAGCUUUAUGGGUACCUGGGAGUGAGACAUGUUUUAACCUGUUGAAUAUUUCUGAGGUAAAAAUCCAAGUAAGUCCAUCAAUACUGUUCAACUAUAGUUUGAGUUUUGACUGUCAAAUUCACACUUUUCAUAUAGAUCCCACUGAAUCACUGCAUUUGGUCUCCUGAGGGGUCCUGAUGCUUAUUCUCUGGUUAUGUAUCUGAUCUCAGCCUAUCCAGAGACCCGAAUGUCUGGGCCUAUAUUUUACAAAAUAAAUCUGGAAGAAGGGCAUUCAGACCACUGAUCACAUUUAUUCAGAAAGACUUUACAGGUAUUCCUCCCCCACUUCUUCGUUGUUUUUCAAAUUAUUCCAAAAGGUCUGCACUUGCAGUACUAUAUCCAGUGCAAUCCCGUUGAUCAUACUUAUGUAUGAAGAAUACCGUAAUAUGAGUCCAAAAUUUACCUUUUAUAUUGAUUGAACCUGCUUUUCUUCACUAUUGGUAAGUUUA